ACUCGUGGCGGCAACAUCGUCGGAUCGUCUCAGCGAAACCAAUUACCAAUUACCAGUUCCUUCCAAAUUUUGGCCCAAUAUCGUCACUUGCCAGCCAUGCUGAGGCUUUGGGCCUGCCUACUCCUCCUGCGCUCCAUCCAGGCGGUUCCAUUCUACGGCGAUUCAAGUUCGGAAGAGUCCACAGAAUUGAAAGAGUCGUCUGGAUCCACCGAGUCCUCUGAUAUCUCCAGCUUUAUGCCACACCUAACCCACCACCCAUUGCCGCUGCAUCGCACCCUGUUCGCACCACUAGCACCGCUUCAGCCCCUCCAUCCGCUUGAUCCUCUCGAGCCACUGCAUGCCCAGGCCUCGCAGCGGACGGCGAGUGUGUGGACCGGACCUGGAUCCAUCCAGGGUCCUGCUCCCAUUCCAUUGGCCCCACAGCGUCACUCAUCUCACCUGUUGCCCCUCUACAGCAGUGGCUUUGAUACGGAGUUUGUACCUCUGGAGCACCAGCAGCCGCAGCAACAAGGACGUCAGGAACCGGCUGGCCCAGUUCCAGCUCAGACACCAGGCGGAGUGGAUCAAAAACCAUUCAAUGUGGAGACUAUAACUACGGAUGUGAAUGCCCCAAACCCGGCCAUAUUCUUCCAGCAGCAGUUCCCCUUCUUUGGCAAUGAGUUUUUCAACUCCUUCGGAGGCUUUGGCUUUGGUGCUACCCAGGAGCCCUGGUGGAAGGGCCCCAAUGUGUGCACCGAGAAGGAGGAAGAUGAGACCGUGACCAGCGCAACGGAGACUGAUGAAACCGUGGACACCUUUGGCCAGGAACGUGACGGUGUCAGCAGCGUGGUGCGCUCUCCGCUCUUCGGUCAGUUCCAGUUCAGCGUGAACUCCUGCGCGGAGAAGCCCAACAAGCACGUCUGCACCAAGAUAGUCAAUCAGAACGGCAAAAAGAAGACACUGACUCUGACCCGGCAGUGCUGCUAUGGCUAUGGACGCCCACGGAAUGCUGACUUUACCACUCCUUGCGAGAAGAUCGACAUUAAGGAUGUGGAGGCCACGGCCAGUGACAUGGGAGCCAAGCAGUUCCUCGAGAGCGCUCGCAGUGCCGGCGAGCUGGCCGAGAUGCUGGGCGGAGGCAAUGGCAAGAAGGUUACCCUCUUUGUGCCCAAUGACGCCGCCUUUGUGGAGUACCGCUCACAGCAGCAGCAGGAUAAUAACGUUGAAGAUGCCAAGGCAGAGGCCUCCAAGCCUUCUAUCUACAAAUUGCACGCGGUGCUCGGGGAAGUGCAGCUGGAGGAUGUUCAGAACGAGAAGCUGCUGCAGACAGAGCUGCCCGACCAGAUGAUCCGCAUCAAUAGCUACCAGCUGCCGGCUGCUCUGGGCUUGGAGCCCUACCGUUACGCCGCCAACUGUGUGCCCAUCGAGAAGCAUGAUAAGCUCUCCGAGCAGGCUCUCGUCCACACGCUGGGUGGAGUACUCAAGCCGGUGACCAAGAAUGUGAUGGAUAUCAUCAGGGCACGCGCUGAUAUGUCCAUUAUGCGCACUGUCCUGGAGAAGACCAACCUGAGCGCCAUGCUGGAGAGUGAUCGUCCGGUGACCAUCUUUGUGCCCACCGAUGCUGCCUUCGACAAGCUGGAACCACAUCUGCGCCGAGCUCUCAAGGAGGGACGUGGCUGUGCCUCAAACAUCCUGAAGAACCACUUGCUGGACCUCACCUUCUGCUCUCUGGCCACCGUUCCGGGUGCCAAGACAACAGCCUACAAUUUGCUGGGAGAGGCUAUGCUCCUCAAUCGCACUCAUCUCGAUAAGAAUCUGACGGGACCCGCUCCGAUCUAUAUCAACAAUCUGGCCAAGAUCAUAGAUGCUGAUAUUAUGGGAACCAAUGGAGUUCUGCAUGUUAUCGACACCAUCUUACCAACGGAUUCGGCUCUGCCCAUGACCUCGCUGAUGACACAAAAGAACCUGACCAUCUUCCAGCAACUGUUGGAUGCCUCUGGCUAUGCCGAUCAGUUCGACGAUCUGGACAACGUCACCAUCUUUGCGCCCACGGACAAGGCCCUACAGAACACCGAGUGGGCACGUCUGCUCAAGGAGCAACCGGAGGGGUUGAACAAAAACCAGGAUCUACUGGAAUUCCUCAACUACCAUGUUGUCAAGCCCAUGAUCAAGACCUGCGACUUGACGGAGCAGUCACUUCCUACGGUAUCCGGCUCCAGUGUCCGCCUCAAUCUCUACUCCACCCAUGCUCUCUUCUCGGACGUGAUGAACCGAGCCACGGUGAACUGCGCCCGACUUGUUCACUUUGAUGACGAGAGCUGUGGCUCCGUGCUCCAUCAGGUGGAUCGCCCCUUGGCUCCACCCAAGAAUAACAUGCUCAAGCUGCUGGAAGCCAAUCCCAACUACAGCAAGUUCCUGGAACUGGUGCGCAAGGCUAAUCUCACCCAGCUGCUGUCCAACGACUCGCGCAGCUUCACCCUGCUGGUUCCCAAGAACGAUGUCUUCGAGGAGCUAACCGAGUCCACCGAGGGAUCAAAGCCCUCGGAUCCCUUGGGUCUGGUCAAGACGCACAUUGUGGAGGACGUAGUCUGCUGUGCUGGCAUCAUUCCCACCAAUUGGCCAUUCGUCCGUUCCAUUGAGUCCAUCUCCGGCCAGCACCUGCGCAUCACCCGCGACCGCCGGCCCAAGAUCGAGAAUGCCGGUGUCACCAAGUGUGAUGUGGUGGCCACCAAUGGCAUUCUUCACGAGAUCAACGACAUCAUCGUCGUCCGCCCCCAGCGGAACCAGCAGCGGCCUCAGCUGAUUCCUCCCGGUGCUGGCUAUCAGCCCCAGGGUGACUUCGAUGUCUUCUUCUGAACUCUAGCUCCCAUUAGGGGCUCCCUAUCUCAAGCACAUGAUAUAUAAAGCAUAUAUUUAUAUUUACUCUUAACGAUUUGUCAAUUGAUUGGAAGCUAUGAAAUAAAAUAAAU